AAUUAUGCGGGACGGAGAGGAAGUGCCGAUGGAUACCAAGGAAGUUCAGCGUCGCCCAAUCUAUCUUGUCCCGGACUCCGGGACGCAUUACACUGUCUGGCAGUGUCGCUGGGAAAGGAGGGAACAGGUAUAAGAGGCAGAGGCAUCUCACUCCUUCUGGCUCGCUUCCCGUUACCCACUCAUCACUCACGACCACUGUCAACAAUCACAGGCGAACAUACCCUUGACAGCCAGCCAUCAUGCGCUUCGACCUUCUUGCUCUCUCGGCCUUCGCGCCGCUCGUUGCCGCCCACGGUGCCGUAACCAGCUAUAUCAUCGGCGGCACUACCUACCCAGGCUAUGAAGGCUUCUCCCCUGCCAACUCCCCCAAGACCAUCCAGUUCCAAUGGCCCAACUACGAUCCGACCAUGACCGUCUCCGACGCCAAGAUGCGCUGCAACGGCGGCACCUCCGCCCAGCUGAGCGCCACCGUGCAAGCCGGGUCUAACGUCACCGCCGUCUGGAAGCAAUGGACGCACGAGCAAGGUCCUGUUCAGGUGUGGUUGUUCAAGUGCCCCGGUGCCUUUGGUUCGUCCUGCAAGGGCGACGGAAAAGGCUGGUUCAAGAUCGAUGAGAUGGGCAUGUGGGGAGGCAAGCUGAACAGCGCGAACUGGGGAACUGCGUUGAUUGUGAAGAACCUCAAGUGGAGCAGCGAGAUUCCAAGGAACCUGGCACCCGGGAACUACCUGAUCAGGCAUGAGCUGUUGGCCCUGCACCAGGCCAAUACGCCGCAGUUUUAUGCCGAGUGUGCGCAGAUUGUGGUCCAGGGUUCGGGCAGUGCGGUUCCGCCGAGCGACUAUCUGUAUUCGAUCCCGACCUAUGCGCCGCAGAAUGAUCCUGGCGUCACGGUCGAUAUCUACUCGAGCAAGGCCACGACAUAUACCCCUCCCGGUGGUCGCGUUUGGUCCGGAUUCCAGUUCUAA